CUUUACCGGAACGACAAGUACAAAACCAUCGGUCUGGUUUUUCUUGAUGCUCCCCAAAAAGAAAAGAAAAAAGCGGGCCUUUAUUGCACCGUUUCAAAUGCUCUUCUUGCCAAAGGCAGCGACUUGAGCGGAGCUUUUAAGAUAUGGAGAUUUCUUGUCGUUUUUUUUUCGUGCUUCUUGUUCUUUCCCUUUCACUUUUCCACAAAUUCUUGAUCCGAUUGCGAAUGGGGACGCCACCAACAACAGCAAUGGAAGAACCAAGUCGUCGUCAAAGCGUUGAUGCGGAUCAAGACGAACGACCAUCAUCCAACGACACAGUAACUGUUCGAUCUGUAACAACCACGACAAAUGAAAAAACGCAGAUCAGUGAUAAUUACGCCGCUGAGAAAAAAGCAGCUAGAAAACGUCGGAUUGCAGUUGUUUUGACGUUCUUGAGUUUGCAGCUUUCACUGUUUUUGGCAGCCUUGGACAACACCAUCGUUGCCACAUCGUUACCGAAGAUUGGAUCAGAUUUCGAAGCCAUGGCGAUUUCAUCCUGGGUUGUCAACAGUUAUGUACUGACGCUCGAUGCAUUUCAGCCGCUCUUUUCAAAAUUUUCCGACAUCUUUGGCCGUAAAUACAUACUCAUGUUUGGUAUUGUUGUGUUUUUGAUCGGUUCUGUCUUGUGCGGUGCUUCGCAGACGAUGAUUAUGCUGAUUGUUUGUCGUGCGAUUCAAGGCAUUGGUGCGGCCAGUAUAUUCUCUAUGGUUUUCGUCAUUAUAUCCGAUCUGGUACCAUUGGAAAAAAGAGGCAGUUACCAAGGAAUUGUCAAUGCCGUUUUUGCCCUGUCGAGUGUUUUCGGUCCCUUGAUUGGUGGGAGUUUGACCGACAAUGCAUCAUGGCGAUGGAAUUUUUACAUCAAUCUGCCCAUCGGUGGUGUUGCUCUUGUUAUUCUGUUCUUCUUUCUGCAUCUGCCAAUGGAAAAGCAAGACUUAAAGGCGAAAUUGAAGCGCAUUGAUUAUGCAGGCAACUUUCUGGUUUUGGCAGCUGCCACCUUAUUCCUGCUUGCCAUGAAUUUUGGUGGUCAGACGUUCCCAUGGGAUUCCGCUGCUGUUAUUGCACCGUUUGUUUUGACAGGUGUUUUGAUCGCCUUGUUGGUUGUGGUCGAAGUCAAGUAUGCUGCUGAGCCCUUGAUGCCACCGCGGUUGUUUAAGAACAGGUCCAUCGUCGCUAUUCUUUCCGUCAACCUGUUCUUUGGCCUUACUUUUUUUGCUGCUCUUUACUACUUGCCCAUUUACUUCCAAGUCGUACGCGGCGAUUCAGCCACGUGGUCCGGUAUUCGCUUGAUUCCCAUGCAAAUGGUGAUUGCCGUCCUGUCAACCGGCGCCGGUCUUUUCAUUUCCAAAAUUGGCAUGUAUCGACCAUUGAUUACUAUUGGCAUGGGAUUCUUGACACUCUGUAUCGGUCUCUUCAGCUUGUACGACGUUGACACGUCUUGGUCAAUGAUCUAUGGUUUCACUGUGAUUGGUGGUGCUGGCAUGGGCUUGCUCUUUUCCUCGACGAUUAUUGCUAUUCAAGCUGCCGCUGAGCCGCGUGAUAUCGCUGUCGUCACUGGUUUAAACAAUUUUUCGCGUGUCUUGGGUGGUGCUCUCGGUGUCGCUAUUGCAUCAGCCAUUCUUAACUCAUCACUGAAGAAGGACUUGCCUAACGCGAUUCCUAUGCAGUAUGUUGAGAUGAUCUUUCAAUCGCCCGAAUAUAUCCGGGACGGGCUACCACAGGAGUAUUUCCAAACCACAGUAGAGAUUUACGUUGAGUCAUUACGGUUUGUUUGGCAUAUUCUGACGAUCAUGAGUGGUCUAGGAUUUUUGAGCUCAUUGUUAGUGAAGCAUUAUCCAUUGCGUAGACCUGGUGGACGACCCGCUCCAAAGAAGCAAGACGAGCAGGAAAAGCAGCAAGUAGAAGUUGGUGAAGUUAAUGGACGCGGCGAGAAGCAAGUAGCUUUGAGAGAUAUCACAUUUCAAGCAGGUGAUGUAACGGUCGUUGGCGAGUCGAGCAGCAAUGAUCAAGUUGUUGUCAAAGUGGAGGAUGAAGGAGAUGCCAGCAAUAGUCCUGCAGUUGCUGCUGCUGCAGCUACUAAGCGCGAUCAGUAAAUCUCUCCUGCUUCUCUCUCUUUCUCAGCCCCCCACCAGGUGAAAAGGCGUUUUAUAUACCAGCAUAACCAUCAUUUGUCUCUUUUUCAUUCUUUGCAUUCAACAGCAACACUUAUUUGUACUAUUAGUAGCAAUAAUAUUCAGCAUCCAGUCAAUAGUAAUCAUGCAAUUCUCGCACUUUUUAGCACUUGUUCAACACCACCCCCAAAUCAGCCACAGUAUAAAAUCACCAAAUAUUUCGUUUGCAAUAAUUA